CUGACCACCUCUUUGUGGGGCAGUCUGCAAAUGGGGCUGAGCGAGGAGCAGGACCAUGUUCGACAACACGCAGUACCCCUAUAACUGCUUUAAUUACGAUGGGGAUGAUUAUCCUACCUGUAGUUCUGAUGAGGAGAAAAAAUUCACCAGACCGGCAUACAGCUAUAUUGCCUUAAUUGCAAUGGCCAUCCAGCAAAGUCCUUCAAAUAAAGUCACCCUCUCUGGCAUUUAUGACUUUAUAAUGAAGAAAUUUCCUUACUACAGAUCGAAUCAAAGAGCCUGGCAGAACUCCAUCCGACAUAACUUAUCACUUAACAGUUGUUUUGUAAAGGUUCCCAGAACAGAAGGGAAUGAGAAGGGGAAAGGAAACUAUUGGAGCUUUGCAACGGGAUGCGAAUCCAUGCUGGAUCUCUUUGAGAAUGGGAAUUACAGGCGAAGGCGAAGGAGGAGGAACAUGAAGAGGGAACACAAGGAGCAGAGACCAAGCAGAGGAAAAAGUCCUUCCUCCUCCGAUACGACUUCUGUGGACUCUGCUUUAAACAACAUUGCCUCUUCUGAGAGCAAACAUGGAAGAAUUGAACCUGGCCCAAGGCUGCUGGAGGCUCGUGGGCUUGCUCCAAGCAGCAUGACUAACAGGCAGAGCCUAAGCAACCCCUCCCUGGCCAAAUCGGAUUCUGAAAUCAAAUUCAGCAUCGACUACAUCCUUUCAGCCCCCGACCCUCUGCCUGUCCUGAGGUCUCAGUAUCACAUGCAAGAAAGUAAAUAUCAUCUACUGGAGGCCCAGCAAAUUAAUUUCCAGUUCUGGACAAUGUGAUGUGAUCUGUUUGUGGUAGUGCAGCAGCCUCACAUGUCGCUGCAAAUCGGCUGCCUGCCUCCUCCUCUGCUUCCCGAGCGGUUCUCAGCAAGGGUUACUGAGUCGCCAGCUGAUCUCCGUCUGCACCCUAGGAACUUUGCUGAGAUGAAAGCACAAACAACAGACACUGAGAUCAGGUUGUGCCAUGCUCAAAUUCAUAAAACCCUAACUUUGCCUUCUAAACUGUCGUGGGCAUCAUUUAACACCAUAGAGCAUUUCCUUUCUUGAGCAGAGUCCGACAGAAAAGAGACUCACUUAUCAUCCACUGCUGUACUAAAGACAAAGUGAAUUUGAUUCCACUUUCACUAGUGGAAAUUAGGAUUAAUUCCACCGAAGUAUAUAGGUCAGAGCUUA